UUGUGGUAUAAGCCUGAGGCAGGCCGGGGCCUGCACAGCACAGCCCGCAUCCAUCGCUCCGAGGCAGGAGGACACGUUAAGAGUCUCCUCCCACCGCGGGUGGACGCUGGAGCUCCGUGACGAGGAGAGAGAGAGAGAGAGAGAGAGGGGGGAGACAGCCCGGCAGCAGCAGUCGCCUCUCAUGGGGAGUCAUCGAGGAGCGACUUGUGCGGAAUCAGCAUAAAGAAGGUGACCUGAAAGGAGGCAGCAGGUACAGUGUCAUGGGCCACACAAGUCACUACACACCCUGCAGAGCUAACACAGGAAUCUCACCCGAACAGCCGAGGAGAAAAUGACUCAGAGAAAUGGAAUCAGUGGGACAAGCGAUCGCUUCCUCCACUCCGAGGCCUCCGUGGUUUGCGAGGACGCCGAUGGUAAAAGCAUGGAGCAGGAGAGACCUCCAGAGGUCAACGACUGCGAAUCCGAGGAAGGGGGACGGGGAGGUGAACGCGAGGGCUCUGUGGCUGUAACGGGGCCAGUCACGGCUCCAGAUGGCGGUUGGGGCUGGGUGGUGCUGGUUGCCACCAUCAUGGUCCUGGCUUUGACCCUGGCGUUCCCGUCCUGUGUGGGAAUCUUCUACACCGACCUGCAGAAUGAGUUUCAUGCGUCCAACAGCGAAACGUCCUGGGUGCCCUCCAUCAUGACGUCAGUGCUCCAUGCAGGAGGUCCCUUCUGCAGCGUGCUGGUGGGGAGACUCGGUUGCCGAGCGACAGUCAUGUUGGGUGGAGUCCUGAGUGGGCUUGGAAUGGCUGCAAGUUCGUUUACCCAGUCCAUCGGCGAGCUCUACAUCACCGCCGGGGUUAUUACAGGUCUUGGUUUCUGCUUCAGCUUCCAACCAGCCGUGACGAUCCUCGGGCACUACUUUGUGCGUCGCCGUGCGUUUGCUAACGCCAUGUCGUCCACAGGCACCGCUUUGGGACUGUGCACUCUGCCCGUCCUCGGUCACUACCUCCACGGAGAGUUUGGCUGGAGGGGAAGUUUCCUCAUUUUGGGGGCUGUCCUGCUGAACUGCUGCGUGUGCGGCGCCGUGAUGAGGCCCCUCCAGCCCAACAGGGGCCGAGGUCAGCCGCUGAUGAACCACGGACCCCCUCCGCCGGAGGAGGAAGAUGCGAAGGAGGGGAAAGGGUGGGUGGGAAGGACGUGGAGCUUCCUGGUGGCUUCUUUGAGCGAACACAUGGCCUUUGAUCAGUUCUGCAACAACUCGCGUUACUGUGUGUACGCUAUAGGCAUCACCUGGAUGAUGCUCGGGUUUGUGGUGCCCUUGGUGUAUCUCGUUCCGUACGCCACAGCAAACAACAUGGAGCAGGGCCGGGCCGCGAUGCUGCUCUCCAUCCUGGGUGUCGUCAACAUCGUGGUGAGGCCGCCGUUUGGCAUCAUCUUCAACAUGCCCUGGUUCAAAGGGCGUCAUGUUUACGUGUUCGCCUCGGCUCUGCUGGUCAACGGGCUGAGCAACAGCAUCUGCUGCAUCGGGCCCAGCUUCACUGUACUGCUGACAUAUGUGGCCGUCUACGGGUUGUCCAUGAGCGUGGUGGGCUCCCUGAUGUUCACCGUCCUCAUGGAUAUAGUGGAGAUGAGCCGCUUCCCCUCGGCUCUGGGUCUGCUCGCUAUCAUGGAGAGCAUCACGCUGCUCAUUGGACCUCCACUGGCAGGAGUCCUGGUUGACAGGACGGGCCAGUACUACCACGUCUUCUUUGCCUGCAGUGCCGUCGUUGCCUCGUCCGCCGUGUUCCUCAUGGUGUCUUUUUGGUGGCUGGAUAAAAGGGACAAGAAGUGGUCGAAGCCGUGUCAACCGGCCUCACAGCCUGAACCAGCCAGAUCUGCUAUAAAUAUCGUCCCCGGCUGUCAGUACAGCAGCGUGCCCACGGAGGGAGACAAAGACAAGGCCUCGUCUAACGGCGCCGAGCAUGUCGCCAGCGUCUGAACCUGCUUACACCGUGCGCCCUUCUUUAACACACAGACAGCUUUCACCUCCUCACCUUUACCUAAACUGACCCGGAGCGUCCUCGUGUGAUGGACCCUUCGCCAUCUGGCACGCCAUAAAAAGCCAAAACAAACACUGUCAGUACUUUGCACUGUUUGAUCGAGGUCAGACUCGAUCCCACGUACCAAAAUUAAGAGAUGUGCACUUACAACUACAAUGUGAUUGUACUGUUUAUCGUAAAAAUGCUGCUGAUCACACAAUCUAAAUAUAUAUCUAUAUAUAUAUACAUAUAUUUGAGGUAUCUCACUUUAUCAAGCCAACAGACAUCCAUGAUCCUUCGUUAAAGAAAUCUCUCUAGAUGUUGCUGCAGUGGUGUGUUUAAUGGUGUAUCAGCAUAUGAUAUGGUCUGAGUAGAAUAAUGAGACGGUAGCCUGAGUGCUUGUAAUCAAAUACAAAGAAUAUUUAGUCGUAACAUCAAAGUGAGGAACACACAGAGCGAGGAGAAAGCUGGUAUUUAUUCUGGAUUAAGGUUUCCUUUUGUCAACAAAUCUUAAAAGACCAAAACCAACAAAGCGUUAUCACGUCCAGAUUAACACAGCCGAUCAAAUCAGCUGUUCCCAUCGUGCACAGAGCAAACCAAACACUUCAUUCCCACACUCACCAUUCUGAAUCAAUGAUCGGUCGAUUGUUCCUUCCCAACUUAUGUAGGAAUGUUUACCUUGAUGCUGAUCAACAGUGCCUCAACCAGUAACAGUAUAAAGAAUGGACACAGUGACCUCACCCACAGGUUUUCGGGUGUAGUUGUUGUUGGUUGCACCGCCUCUUCUGCCGCCCGUGGACCUGAGGCGGGCUGAAUGAAACGAGCAAUCUGUAACCCACUGUUAAUUAUGCAUAACUUUAAUUAAGCGUUAAUAUAAUGUGAACCAGUGGGUUAAACAAAAUAAUCACAAUUACACUUUUAUGUUACCACUCAAGGAGUUAUGCAAACAGCUGAGAUACGGCAUCAUGCCAUGACACAAACCUACUAAAGAUGUAAAUCUUUAAAAACAGCUGGUUACUCUAGUUUGUAUCAAAGUGAAAUAGUGUUUUCCGCUGUGGAUUAAUCCACAUUUGGUGAUCUAGUGAGUAUUUACAGCCUAUUUCAGUAUUUCCAAAUAAAGUAAAGCAACACUGGACAACAGAAAGACGACACAUCAGGUUUUGGAUGCAUGUGAUACGUCGUCGUCGUAGGAUGCAUUCAUUGUUGGUUUUGGUUUUUUGGUGGGAUACUAAAACUACGAUACUGAAGACUCGUUAGAGAGGUGUUUUCAUUUCAUUAUCUCUAAGAAGCCAAUUAAACACAGCAUACUGAGCAUAUUACACCGAUGUAAGAGUUACUGUAGAUCACUGAUGGAGGAUAAAAGGUUGAUUCUGUUUGUCUCUCACUGUCACAUGUAGAAAAUUAAUAUGUACUGUACAGUGAAUCCUGAUUUUUGUGUUUUGCAAGCUCCUUAAUGGAACAGUGCCUUUUUAUAUAUAACUCGUAUAUUUCUAUACAUAUAACACCGAACCCUUUCAGGGAGACAGAAACACGUGAUUUCAUGUCAGGGCUGAAACCUUUUCACGGGAGGAAUAUUCAGCAGCUGAAACGUUUUAUGACACUUUAACUGAGUUUACCUUCGUGUGACUCGACUGUCACACGGCCAGUACACGUUUGAACAAAGCUAUAAUAUGUCACAUGUGACUGGAAAAUGAAAUAUAUACAUUAAAUAUACAUGGCAGGUAUGAGCUGUACUGCAGUAAAACACGUAAGCAGCUUCUCAGCGAUGAGAGGAUUUAUUAGUAACUUUCUGAGGCUUUUUCUUGCUUUGGGCCAAAUUCUACUUUUAUUAUAGAUUCUUUAUUUAUACAUUAUGAUCAGGGUAAAAAAAAUAAAUGUUUGACUAUCA